CACCAGUGUUGUAGUCAGUACCUGAGUCCAGUAUGAAUAAACUUUGUACUUAUACCACAGAGUAGAUUACACCUCAUACUUCAUAGGUUUUCGUUAUUAUCGUAAAGUGUAAACACUAAACAUUAAAUUAUUUUACCUUAGUCACAUAAAUUAGAAAUAGCUUAUAAGCUUAUUAGUAAAUAGCUAUUACUUAUUUCAUGAUUCCUUAUGUUUACCAUAACCAUUGUUUAUUUUCAUUAAUUAAUUAUUGCAUUCUCAGUUGUCAUUAGUUUCUUACCGUGUGACAAUAAUUAUUAUAAAAACGCGCUGCGGACAAGUACAACUUGUUGGAUGCGGGAUUACGGUGACUUGUGAUUUCGUCUAUCAUGGCAUCCGUUGCCAUUUUUCAUCGCCUUGUUCCGUCAUUAUACCGAGCGAUGGUGCUCACGGAGUGACCUUUGCCCUCCAACUUGCACGUCUGAAAGCUUCACCUCUGCCGUCAUUGAUGAUUUGGUCAUGUCAACAUAACAAACGGCAUGAACAGCAGCUGCUGCGGACGAUUGACAAACCACCUGGUUGUGGUACAUUUGUACCUACAUAGAUCUGCAAGUUUGUUGGCACGCAGAUACGAAUAAUAAGUGUCUUAUAUAAUAGUGUGUAUGCUAGUGGCAGCAAAUGGUUGCCAUGAAGAAAUUGCAUAACAGUCGCGGAGCUGAGCCUGACGCCAGCGAAUCAGUCAAAAAGCUGUACAAGAAUAUAAAUGAAGUUUCUCAUUUUUUGGAUGAUCAGCGUGGCAGGUCUUUGUCUUGUAAAGAUCUUUUUACCGCUACUGUUGAUACACAGCGAAUAAAAUUAAAAAACUAUUGUGAAAGAAUGAUGCUUGCAGAUCCAUUAUGUUAUGGUCGAAAGGCUGAAGAUAUCAUGUGGCGUAAAACCUAUCAUGAUGUUUAUUCUACUGCCAAAAUUUUACGCAAAAAUAAUGAUUGGAAUCAGAUGGAAUUGGCACUAAUAGAAAAUCAUUUUCAGUCAGGCAUUGGUAGUUAUUAUCAUUUACUAUUCAAAUUUCAAGCAGAAAUUAAAUUCAGUAGGCCUGAAUUAUUCGAUUUUUAUCUACUGAUAAAUGAUGAUACAGAUAAUAAUGUCAAAAAAGAUCAUAUCACUCUGUUGAAAAAGAAUGAUACUGGUAACAAAGAAGAAGCUGGUAUAAAACAAUUGGUAUACCGCUGUUUGAUAUGUUUGGGAGAUUUGUCACGAUAUAUGUAUGAACUAAACAAACUAGAUUUAUAUUAUUCAACAGCUUGUCGAUAUUACAAACAAGCAUUAAACUAUAAACCAGCAAAUGGACUCCCACAUAAUCAAAUUGGACGAUUGGCAUUAUCCAAUAACAAACAUUUAGAUGCUGUUUACCAUUAUGUUCGAUGUGUUUUUAGUAUUGAACCAUUUGAAGGAGGAGAAAAAAACUUAAUAUUAUCAUUGCAACAACAAUCUGAACCAGUAGGAAAUGUGUUUUUAGAAAAACUGUUUUCUAUUUUCGAUUUAUGGUAUACCGGAGGAAAAGAUAGUGGACAAGAAUUAGAUAAAAUAUAUGCUAGCAUUAUAAGCUUACUGCAGAAUUUUGAUGAUUGUAAGAACAAGAAUAAUACAGCUGAUAAAAAAAAAGAAAUUAAUAAAGAGGAUACCUUAACACCUUCAGUUAAGGAUACUAUACAUUUUUUGUCAACUAAUGAAAAUGUAUUCAAGAUUGUAGUUAUCAUAAUAGCAUGCUUAAACAAGUUACACGAAGAAGAGUCUAAAUACAUCCCAAAAGCUGAGUUAUUCUUUUUAUCAUUGAUGGAACACUUAAUUGGUCAAAGUGUAACUUACUGUGUAAAAAACUUGCCGUUGUUAGUUAAUCCUAAUAUAGAUCAUGUAAAAUUAAAUCGCCGACGUCGUAGACGUGGUUUUAGACAGCAUUCUUCUCCGGAUUCCCAAGAAUGGACUGGAGAUGAAGCAGAAAGUGUAAUAAGUCCUGAUGACGAAUCAGAUGAUGAAAGUGAAGAAGAGAUGUUAAUAUUUGAUAUUAAAAGGCCCAAUGAUGACAAAUCAAAAAAUGAAUCUGAUGGGUCCAAUGAUAGUGGUACAUCAUCUUUUGGUUGUGAAAAUAAAAAUAAUCCAAAACUUCCGUUAUCAAACAUACCAUAUAUUGAAACCAUAAAGAUAUAUUUUGAUUGGAUUCAACCAAAAAUUGAUUCUAUAAAUCCUGAAUCUUCAGUUGAAUUCUUUAACAAUACUGUUACACUUUUAAAUUACUUGUCGCAAGCUAAUAUUGAAGACACAUUCUUAGACAUUGACACCAAUCAGUUUAUGUUACCAGAAGAUGUGCAUUUACGUGGUAUGACUGUUUUUUCUAAGUCUAAAAAGCAUUGUGGAGAAUAUGAUCGCAAUAUCUGUACUAAAAAUGAGGGAACAGUUCGAUUAAUACAUAUAUUACAUUGUGCAGAAGAAAUAGCAUCCAACAAUGUAUUAUUCACUUAUGACAAAAUCAAAAAAUGGUUUUCAUUAUGUGGCUCUUUGAAACAAACCGACGAAAAAUCAUUAAAAGAUUCGAAACGAGACAAACAACACGUGAUGGGUCAACUGUGGCUCCGGUCGGAAGUGGACAAUCUAGAGUACAAGAUGAAAUACUCUUCGAGAAAAAAGUCAUUACCCACGUGCAUCGUCAUCGAUACAGAUGCGUUGAUUAAUUAUUCGUUGAUAAUCAAGAAACUCGUUAACAGCAGCAAGUUUAUUGUAGUAGUACCCGCAAUCGUUAUAUCGGCAUUAGACGAGCAAAAAAAACUAAGCAAAGAAGUCAGGCUGACUAUACGUUGGUUAGAAUUUCAGUUGCAAGAGGGAAACUGCAACUUAAAAUCCCAAGGAAUACAUGAAUCACUACCAAUUAAACUGGACGGUCCACCGAAAUUGAGCAAAGAAAUUUGUAAUUUCAAACAUAUUUUGGAAUGUUGCAACUAUUUUACAGAGGAAUAUGGUGAGAACACAGGACUUGUUACGUUAAUUACGGGGUCAGACGACCUAAUGGAAUCAUCAGAGCUUAUGGAAAUGGCUAAGUCAGUCAAAAUCAAUAUUGAACACAUAAAGACAUUCCAAUUUCAAUUAAAACCAGUGAAAAACAAAGGAUGAAACAUGGUUUUGGUUUUAAGUAUUGAUAUUUUUAUUGUUCAUGCAAUGGUGCAUCAAUGUAUACAAUGACGAGAAUUUGAUUGUUAAUCACUCGGCGCUGUUUUGAACACGUGGACCAGAUUUAAUUUUCGGGAAAAUUGAAGACCUCGAUUGACAUAUUUUUUACAUCCGUUACGAAUAUAAUAUAUAAAUCAAGGUUAAAUCCGAAAAGGAGAAAAAUGUUUUACUUUUAUUAUUAUUAUUAAUAUUGUUAUUAUUGUGUUGUAUACUUGCAUACAAUAUUAUUAUAUAAAGAGGAUAUCAAGGUAUGAAAUGUUGUUAACCUGAUUGACGACGACCAUUUAACAACUAUUCAUCACACGACAUUGCCCAUCUGCCCUUGUCGUACUUAUGUGUAUUAGUAAUCGCGUCAGUAUACCUUUAGUUUUUUAUUUUAUAAAUGUCCUUAUUUUAUAACUAAUACAUUCGAAUGUUAUCAAUUUUAUGUUGUUUAACUCUAUACAAUGCCCCCACAAAUAUUGUUUUAUUCACAUUUCUUUCUAUAAGGUUUUUGUUUUCAUUUUAUAGUUCUUAUUUUCAAACAAUUAAAUAUAGAUAUAAUAAUGCAUGUA